UAGGAGGGGCUAAGCUGCGCCCGCACCGCGCGCGCACAGCUACUCACCUCUGACUGAAUCCCGUCUUCAACCUUUCAUCCCUCAACUUGUCCCACGCGGGGGAUGGACGCGACCGGUCGCCUCGCGUGGAGCCGCGGGUGAAGCAGAGGCGUCAGGGAGGGGAUGCUGUUGAGCCGGCGGAACCGUCGGGAAGUGGAGAGGCGUCGGUUUGGGCGUCGGUGGUGAUGUUUGAAUUGGUGACUGCAGAAACUGCCAGCGUGUCGGAGAGUCGGGAGAGCUCAGCUCACUGGUGCGCUCUUACUGGAGAGGGAGAGGAGGAACGGACAUAUGAAUGAGACUUAUCUCCCCCCUUUAGUGGUUGAGAAUUGUUUCUUUUUCUUUUCUUUUUUUUUUUUUUUUUUUUUUUUUUGAGGUUGUUUUAGUUUACCGCGCCGAAACAGUUAUUGGCACAGAUGAAAACGGGACUGACUGAGUGAAUUGCUUUGGAUGGAAUUCUUGCAUUGAUAGCUUACGAGGCCAAUAUGCCAGAAUGGGUCCUCUACAGUAUCUAUUCCUCUGUGGACUUCUGUACACCCCAAGCGACGGGUCCCGUCUUCGCCAGGAAGACUCCCCUCCUCGAAUUGUCGAACACCCUUCUGACCUUAUCGUAUCGAAAGGCGAGCCAGCCACCCUCAACUGCAAAGCAGAAGGCCGUCCCACUCCCACGGUGGAAUGGUACAAAGACGGGGAGCGUGUUGAGACGGACCGCGAGAAUCCCCGUUCCCAUCGAAUGCUGCUGCCCAGCGGGUCACUCUUCUUCCUGCGCAUCGUUCACGGACGACGCAGCAAACCAGAUGACGGCAACUAUGUGUGCAUCGCCCGCAACUAUUUGGGAGAGGCCGUGAGUCGGAAUGCUUCCCUGGAAGUGGCAUUGUUGCGAGAUGACUUCCGUCAGAACCCGCAGGACGUGGUGGUGGCGGUUGGGGAAACUGCGAGUUUUGAGUGUCAGCCUCCGCGCGGGCAUCCUGAGCCGACCGUAUUCUGGCGAAGAGACAAAACUCAACUGGAUCUCAAGGAUGACAGGAUCAUGGUCCGAGGAGGAAAGCUGACCAUUUCAAAUACUAAGAAGAGCGAUUCAGGGAUAUAUGUGUGUGUGGCCUCUAACAUGGUUGGAGAAAGGGAAAGUGAAAAAGCACAACUUUCAGUAUACGAAAGACCAGCAUUUAUGCAGCGCCCUGUGAACCAGGUGGUUCUGGUUGAUGAGAGUGUGGAGUUCAGAUGUCAGGUCCAUGGUGACCCGCCGCCUGCUCUGCGCUGGAAAAAAGAGGAUGUGGAUGUUYCUCGUGGCAGGUAUGACAUCAGAUAUGACAGAGAGGACUCCCUGCUGAGGAUAAAAAAGGCAUCUGUCAGCGAUCAAGGGACGUUUACGUGCGUAGCAGAGAACCGUGUGGGUAAAGCCGAGGCCUCGGCCUACUUGACCAUCAGAGCUCGCCCCGUUGAGGCACCUCAGUUUGUGGUGAGACCUCGGGACCAGAUUGUGGCUCAGGGACGGACGGCUACCUUUCCCUGUGUGACCAGAGGCAAACCUCAGCCUACAGUCUUCUGGCAAAGAGAAGGCAGCAAGGAUCUGCUGUUUCCCAACCAACCAGCACAGGGGGACGACCGAGUGUCUGUGUCUGUGAAUGGAGAGCUGACCAUAUCAUCUGUGCAGCGCUCAGAUGCAGGCUACUACAUCUGCCAAGCCCUCACAGUGGCAGGCAGCAUCAUGGCCAAGGCCCAGCUGGAGGUAGCAGACGCCUCCAAGGGCCGCCCACCACCCAUCAUCCGACAGGGCCCGUCCAACCAAACGCAAGCUCUGGGAGGCGUGUCCAUCCUCCGGUGCCAGGCCUCAGGAGAUCCAGAGCCGACAGUCACCUGGAGGAAGAAUGGGGCGAAUCUGCUUGGACAAGACCCACGGUUUUCCUUACUCGAGCACGGCAGCCUUCAGAUCCAGAACACAAGGCUGUCUGACUCCGGACUCUACACCUGUGUUGCCACCAGCUCCAGUGGAGAAACAUCUUGGAGUGCCUACUUGGAUGUCAAAGACUCYACUGACCUCAUGGAUUUCAUGUCGCACAACACAACCGCCCUCCCCGGGCCGCCCUCCAAGCCAGAGGUCACUGACGUUACCAAGAGCAGUAUCUCAUUGUCAUGGGAAACGGGGCCAGAGGCGGGUUCCCCAGUGUCCUCCUAUGUCAUUGAGGCUUUCGGUCAGUCAGUGAGUAACAGCUGGCAAACAGUGGCCGACCACGUGAARACCACCGAGUUUACCGUCAAGGACCUACGACCAAACACCGUGUACCUGUUCAUCAUACGAGCUGUGAAUGCUCAAGGACUCGGGGAUCCAAGCCCAAUGUCUGAGCCCGUCCGGACGCAAGACAUUAGUCCCACAGUGCAGGGCGUAGACCAUCGUCGUGUGCAGAAGGAGCUGGGAGAUGUUGUGGUCAACAUGCAUAAUCCUGUGGUCCUCAGCUCCACUUCAGUGCAGGUCACGUGGACGGUGGAAAACCCAUCCCAGUUUAUUCAAGGCUAUCGGGUUCUGUACCGACAAACCUCUGGGCUGCCCUCUCCUGGGCCCUGGCAGAUCCAGGACGUGAGGAUUGCCUCGGAGAGGGACGUCACACUGCCUGGUCUGAACAAAGGCAUCGUCUAUGAGAUCAAGGUGCGACCGUACUUCAAUGAGUUCCAGGGGGCGGACAGCGAAUCCAUGACGGCGCGCACCAUGGAAGAAGCUCCCAGUGCCCCUCCACAGCAAGUGGCGGUGUUGACAGUGGGGAGCCAUAACAGCACAUCCAUCAGCGUGUCAUGGGACCCCCCUCCCUCCGACCAACAGAACGGCAUCAUCCAGGAGUACAAGAUCUGGUGUUUGGCCAACGAUACACGCCUUCACAUCAACAAGUCUGUGGACGCCACCAUCCGUUCAGUUGUCGUCGGGGGUCUUCAGGCUGGAGUGCAGUACCGCGUGGAGGUGGCGGCAGGCACCAGCGCCGGGGUGGGGGUCAGAAGCAAACCCCAGCUCAUCAUUUUGGGUGGAGAACUGAAGGAUGUGAUGACAGGAUCGGAGGGCAACAACAGCAUCUCAGACGUGGUGAAGCAGCCAGCUUUCAUCGCUGGUUUGGGAGGGGCCUGCUGGAUUGUCCUCAUGGGCUUCAGUGCUUGGCUGUACUGGAGGAGAAAAAAGAGGAAAGGACUAAGCAACUAUGCAGUUCAGUCCUUCACCUUUACUCGAGCUGUUACGUUCCAAAGAGACCGAGGCCUAAUCAGAAAUGGAAGUCGCCCGGGGCUUUUGAAAGCGGGCGAUCCGGGCCUUCCCUGGUUGGCUGACUCGUGGCCUUCUACAAGCCUCCCGGCGAACGGAGGCUUAGGGAGUCCAAAGAGUGGCAACAACUUUGGCCGAGGAGAUGUUUUACCGUCUGCAGCCGUGGAGAAAACAGGCACCAUGCUGUCUGAUGGGGCCAUCUACAGCAGUAUUGACUUCAUGGGGAAGGGAGGCUACAGCAGCCCGGCGCGAGGCGUCCAGCCAACCCCUUACGCCACCACUCAGAUUCUUCAGUCCAACAGCUUCCAUGAGCUGGCCGUGGACAGGCCAGAUCCCCGUUGGAAGGCGUCUCUGCAGGCCCAGCAGGAAAUGGCAAACAUGGGCUACUCGCUAACUGACAGGCGACCUGGUGCUGGUGCUAAGGUUGCAAAGAAAAAGAAGAUCAAGGGAGGGACGAAAACCUCAAAAUCAAAUGGGACUUGCUGGGCAAACAUGCCUCUGCCUCCUCCACCCAUGCACCCUCUGCCAGGCACAGAGGUUGACCUUGACCAGUACCCGCAGGACAACCAUAAAGGAAGCAGCAACAGCUGGGCCCCGCCCAUGUCUAUCCAGACCUACCACCACCAGGAUUUGGACAGCGAGGCGGAGGACGAGAGGGGUCCCACUCCACCGUUAAGAGGAAGAUCCUCCUCGCCAGCUCCCUUCAGCCAGCCCUCAUCUUCCUCUCUCAGUUCUGCCCACCAUGAAGAAAUGCAGUCCAUCUUGCAGGCCCACUUGGAUGAGCUCACCAGAGCUUACCAGUACGAAGUAGCCAAGCAGGCAUGGCAUAUGAAGAGCAGCGCUAAUGUGUCCAGCACGCCGAUGGACUUCAUGUCGAGUACGCUGGGCUCUGAUCUGGGAGCAACACUCCUCUCUGAAGAUGACGAGGAAGAAGAGGAGGAGGAGGAGGAUGAAAGAUAUGCUGUGGUGUCAAAGAACUUGUGCGGCUUUGAAUACACUCCUGGCCACAGCGUGGAUAGCCUUGAAGGCACAGGGAAAUCCUCCCUCCACAGCCACACUGAUAGCUUUGGCUCCUCAGACCACGGCGCACAUGGCACACAUAGCCUCGGACACCAGGGGGCACCGCUUACUGGCCACAAACCUCAGACAGACAAGGUUGGAACUCUUCCCAGACGAAGAGACACCAACACAGACUCCCACGCGCCGGCCACAAAGUCCCUGCACAGCAUGGGGUCCCACAUGCAAAGCCCGUGGGCAGCUGCAGCACCGCACCCCUCGGAGGAGUGCAUGGUAACCGUGUCGACGCUAGAGAGACAGCAUAUGGCUUCCUGGAGUGGCACGACAUCGUCCGGCAGGGCCACCCUGGGUAGGGGUUCCCACAAGAGACCUGGCGCAGAACUCUCCCACGAUGGGCAUCCUCCCACCAACGGCACAGAGAAAAGGGAACACUAGUCAUUGUGAGGCAUCCAUCUCCUGCAGAUGUGGUCCAUCCCCAGACCUCUUGUUUUGUAAGCGCUAUGAGAUUUUCUCCAGGCAAGGAUGGUAUUUAGAAGCCGGAGAGGACAAUAAAUGGAAGAAGAAGAAGAAGAAGAAGAGCAAAAAGCGUUGAAGGAAACAUAGAGCUGUAAAUGUCAUGUACAGACACAGACACCACUUUCACAGUGUUAUUUUUACCCCCCCUUCUCUCCCCCCCGUCUUCCCCUUUUCUCUCUUUGAAAGAGUAAAUAAUAUGUUAUAUGUCCGCUUCUGUUUUCUGUCACAUGGUGAUCACACAGUGGAGAUGUGAAGAAAAAGGAACCACACAACAACAAUGACUUGUUAAAUGAUGAAAGGACUUGCAUAAUUUGUAAAUAUAUAUUUUUAAUGUUAUUUUGUUUUUCUCUUUCGUUUGCUUUGCUAUGCAAGCCGAAUCCAACCGUCUCUUUUUGUGAUUUAUUACUGUGAAUCUUUUUUUUUUUAUCUUUUUUUUAAUCAUGCUCAAACUGUUGGCUUUUUUUUUAACGAAGCUACUGUAUUGUUGUAUUUUGCACAGAGCAUUUUUUUUUUUUUACUUUUUUUGGGUGAAAAUAAGCACAAACUCGUUUUCAGCUAAGCUGAGGAGGAGAAUCAUAAUGGAAAAGAGUGAGAUCUAUAUUAAAAGAGUGGAGAGUCGGGGGUCGUACUGUAUAUUUGGCUGUGCUGUAAUCGUUUGGGGAAAUAACAGGUACACACUUGAAACUAAUAUGCCAAAAAAGAAACAAAAGACAAAAAAAAAGAAACAAAAAAAAAAAAAAGAAAAGGAACUAACAUUGCUUUCAUAUCUCUUGCUGUGAAACUCGUUAGAGAUUACGCCAAGAACUCUUCUCAGCGGGUGGCAAAGAGAACAUUAACUCUGAUAUCCAAA